GGUACUAUAUGAAAUAUAUAUAUUACCUUCUCAGGUAUAAACCAAGCCUUUGUGUUGGCACCACUAAGUGUAUACCCAGCUUGAACCCUUUUAUGAUGCUGUGUGUUUGCUAAACAAAGACUGAGAGAGCUUCAUUCGUCAUUCAACACAGAGGAAAUGGCGACUAGGCGAAUUGUACUCAUUCAGAUACCGUAAUAAGAUAAGUUCUACAUUUGGUGAAGUCGUCUGAUGUUUCAACAAGUUUAUAAUACCUACAACCAUCGAGCAAGGAACAGAGCAAGGACAACAAAGGAAAUACUUUUGGAUGGAAUUGGUGACUAUUUUUGAUUAGAAUCAACGAGCCAGGACGGACGCUUGGAUUUAUUUCAACCUAGGGGGGUUUCAUCAUACGCUCCAACAAAUACAUUACGCGUGUUGGUAUCGAUUGCAAGGCAUCUGUUUCCAUUUAGUUAAGUGUUUCUAAUCGAAUACCGAUUACCAAGUGAGUCAAGUAUCAUCUGAUUGCAUCGAUUAAGCUGGUGUCAAUUAGCUUUUAUUAUCACUGGAUAUAUCUGGUUUACAUACCAAAGGUGGUAUAGGAAAGCUAUCCGAACAACCAACACCACUAAAACAACCAACACAACUAAAACAACAAACACCACUAAAACAACUGUUAGUGUACACAUUUGCUUUACUCAACAAGAGUAUUGAGCGACUGCAUCAAUGGAAUAAAAAUGCCACGGUUUCUGUAGGAUAUCCCACGUAUUAUAAAGACUAAUGUAUGUAAAGUGUGACUCCCCUGGACACUUAUGCUAAUAAUUGGAUAAAUCUUUCUCUCCCUUGUGAGUUAAACCCAACAAGCACAGACCGCGGAAUACUAAAAGGAUCAUGUUUUUCAAUCCGGCCAAGGUGAUUCACGUCUUAUAUUCGUGAAUAACAAACACAAUUGUUUACAACUUGAAGAGCAACGUGAGGAGAGCCAAAGUGGCACUUCCAUCUAUCAUUUGGUAGCACCAGCAUCUAUAAGAAUGCUUCAUGCGACUUCGCUGCAAGUUUGAGAGAGUUUUGUUGUCAUUAUGUUUCGUGCUCAAUUAGACACUUCGGCAUCUAUCCGUAGUACAUCUUCAAUCUCGUCUAUUACCGGCUUCACCCGUAACCAUAAGAGUAACUCAGUGAAGAGACUACUUCUACUCCUCGUGGUCUAUGUCAUCUACAUCGUCAGUGGUGCCUUUGUCUUUCGACAACUCGAAGGAGGACAUGAAGAGAAUCUUCGGAAGAGAAUCCGAGUUUACAUUGAGGGUUUCUUACACAAUAAUUCGUGUGUGGACUCGCAUGAGUUAACUGAGUUGGUAACUGAAGUGGUUUACGCUAUGGAGAAUGGUCUGAAACAUGUAGUGGAAAACAAGACGUCGGAUGAGUUUGGGUUCCAUCAGUGGGACAUCCCUAAUUCAUUGUUCUUCGCAACGACAGUGAUAACCACAAUAGGUUACGGUAACAUGGCACCCCGGACCGACGAGGGACGUUUCUUCUGCAUCGUCUUCGCCUUUUUCGGUAUCCCUCUCACCGGCUGGUUCCUGACCGUCUUUGGACAGUGUUCGGAACGCCACUGGAAGAGUUUCACCGACAAGUUUGAUAAAACAGUCGCCUUCCUCAAGUUCCCAACAGUCCAGAAGUUCGCUGUGUACACGACCAUUGUUGUUUUGUUGUAUCUGAUUGUUAUACUCAUCCCUUCGACUAUUAUCCAUUUCGUAGAGGAUUGGUCGUGGGGCGUGGCUCAUUAUUACACGUUCAUCUCGCUCAGUACUAUUGGAUUCGGCGAUUACGUUGCAGGGAACGGCUCCAAACUAAACGCAGUAACUCGAGUGGUUUAUAAGAUCGGUCUUAUACUAUACCUAAUCCUAGGUCUAGCGGUGCUAACUCUCACCUUUAAGGUGACUCAACAUUAUCAGAGGAAGAAUGCAAGCCGUGUGCAAACCAUGACAAGGGGCGUGGCCAGGAGGGUCAUGAGCAAGCGAAGAAAUGCAAGUUUUGAGAAGCAGAAACAGGAGAAAGAAAACCGAGUCACUGUGAAUCUCAGAACGGCUAAAUACGACCGUCAUGACAGUGAGUCUGGUGAAACAUUCACUAUCUCUAUAGAUGAAUUCGGGAGGUGCUUGAAGGAUGUCAGUACCCAGACCGCAACGAUAGUGACUGGGGGAGAGACUAAGCUACAAAGGAAGAUCAUCCACAAGAAGGCUAAUUCCAUUAUCAUUACGUCAUCGCAGAGAGGGAUUAUGAGGAGGGGAUUAUCAUGGGGAGAUGACGAGGAUAUCUUUAUUAAUCUCAGUAAUAAUGAAAAUGGUGAUCUCAAGGGGAUAGACUCUGGAUUCCUUACGAAUGGUUAGUAGCAGGAGAUUCUGUCCCCCAUAUGGCAAACUGUGGGUGCGUUCGUUAAGCUUCCCUGGGUCGACCCCGG